AUGGCGGCCCCCGUGGAUGCCAAGCUGCUGAAGAAGACCAAGUUUCCUCCGGAAUUCAGCCGGAAGGUGGACAUGAAGAAAGUCAACAUUGAAGUCAUGAAGAAAUGGAUUGCCAGUCGAAUCUCCGAGAUCCUUGGCAAUGAAGAUGAUGUGGUGAUCGAGCUGUGUUUCAAUCUCCUAGAAGGGACGCGCUUCCCCGAUAUCAAAUCGCUCCAGAUCCAACUGACCGGGUUCCUCGAUCGAGAUACAGCCAAGUUUUGUCAAGAACUAUGGUCGCUAUGCCUCAGCGGUCAAGAAAAUCCCCAAGGUGUUCCAAAGGAACUUUUGGAAGCGAAGAAGCUAGAAUUGAUGCAAGAAAAGGCCGAGGCCGAGAAGGCUGCGGAAGCAGCCCACGCCGAGAGCGUGGUGAUCGAGGCGAUCGAGGCGGAAGAGGUAGACGAGGCGGCGGUCGUGACUUUGGUCGACGAAACUCACGAUCUCCGCCCCGAUACCGAAGCCGGGAACGAUACCGUGAACCCCCAUCUCGCCGUGAUUUCGAUUCUUAUGUCCCAUCUAGCAAUCACAGAGGCCGUCGACCAGACCACACCCCCAAUUCGCGCUCCCCUUCUCGCUCCCGCUCACCACCCCGUCGACAGCGCCGCCGCAGCUUCAGCAGAUCGAAAUCGCCGGAUCGCCGAGAUCGCAAGGAGAAUAGGCAGAGGCGACGAAGCCCGGACUACGGUGAUCGAGACAGAUCCAUAUCCCGAAAUGAUUCCUCCCGCUCACCAAGUCCCAGGCGAGACCGAGGCAGACGCCGCUCUGUCUCCCGCAGCGUAA